GGCUAUGACAUGAAACAAAGCAGCCCACUAUCUAAUUGCCACACCCUCCAUCAUUAUCUGGAAAAUGUGGCUUAAACUAACCCACAUAGUAAGGGGUACCUUUGGCCUAAUAUAAAAACCUUUUCAUGUGCUGAGCCAUUGUUUACAUGAACCAGCUGUGGGGAAUGAUUUCUGUUUCACAUUCUUGCACAAGUUAAACCUGUAAGUACAUAGAUAAAACCUCUAUAAGAUGAGUUUCAAGUGCAUAUAUUUGGUCAACAUAUCAGAUUUUGUUCGUGAAAAGGCUUGAAUUGGCAUUAGUCUGCACUUCCGACUGUACAAAAUGAGAUGAAAUUACACAUGGUUUGUGGCAGUCUUAUUUUCCUAUUCCGUAGGAUAAACAGAAAAUGGUUAGUGUUUCUGUUUCUCUUCCAACUAUCUCAACUGUCAAUCCCAGUCAUAAACUUUCUAAGCAAAGAUCCAGACAAAAUCCUCUGAAUUCAACCUUGAAGUUUUUGUCCAAAUCAGGGAAACUAGAUGAAGCCUUUCACCUUUUAUUGGAAUCCCAGAAAUCUAAAACCUCACUUGGGUCACCCAAUCUUGAGUCCUACACCACCCUAUUACAUGCCUGCAUUUCAAGAAAAUCUUUAGACCAUGGCCAAAGACUUUACCUUUAUCUAUUGAAAGAUAACAAGAGUUUUCUCAACAAUCCCAUAUUGAAAUCCAAGUUCAUAACUCUUUUCUCAGUUUGUGGUCUCGUGGAUGAAGCUCGUCGUGUUUUUGAUCAUGACAUUAAGGAGAUGGAGCAUUUGCCUGAGUCAGUUUGGGUGGCAAUGGCUAUAGGAUAUUCGAAAAAUGGAAAGGUUAAAGAAGCUUUGCUUGUUUAUUGCAACAUGUUGUCUUGGGGCGUUGAACCGGGGAACUUUUCAUUUUCGGUUGCUUUAAAGGCUUGUUCAGAGUUGUUGGACUUGAGAAUUGGCAAAGGUGUACAUGCUCAGAUCAUAAAGGCUAAUGAAGAACCUGAUCAAGUAGUGCAUAAUGCUCUAUUGAGGUUCUACAACGAGUGUGGGAGUUUUGAAGACGUAGUGCAUGUGUUUGAAGAAAUGCCGGAGCAAAAUGUUGUUACUUGGAAUUCAUUGGUUGCUGGACUUGUCAAGAAAGAUCAGGUGUUUGAGGCAUUUGAAACAUUUCGGAGAAUGCAAAACGCGGGAGUGAGGUUUAGUUGGGUUAGUUUGACUACAAUUUUAGUGGUUUGUGGUCGAUUGACGGCACUUUAUAUCGGUAGAGAGAUGCAUGCUCAAAUCAUUAAAUCUGAAAAAUCACCAGAUCUCCUCGUGCUAAACUCACUUCUGGAUAUGUAUGCGAAAUGUGGAGAAUUAGAGUACUGUAGGAGAGUGUUUGAUGGAAUGAUAUACAAGGAUUUGAUUUCAUGGAACACUUUAAUAAAUGGUUAUGCAAUCAAUGGAUAUAUGGAAGAGGCAAUGGAAGCAUUUGAAGGGAUGGUUGCAGCUGGAUUUAGGCCAGAUGAGGUUACCUUUAUUUCACUACUUUCAGGUUGUAGUCAUGCUGGGAUGACAGCCGAGGGCCGACUCUUGUUCGACAGGAUGCAGGUAGAGUUCAGAAUAGUACCUAAUUUAGAGCAUUACGCCUGUCUAGUCGAUAUAUUAGGUAGAGCAGGAAAAUUUGACGAGGCGAUGCAGGUGACGAGAAGAUUGCCUAUGAAUCCGAGUGGCAGUAUUUGGGGAUCAUUGCUUAAUUCUUCUCGACUGUAUGGUAACGUGUCACUUGCAGAACUCGUAGCAAGACAGUUGUUCAAGAUCGAACCGAACAACCCCGGGAACUACGUACUACUGUCAAACAUCUAUGCAAAUGCAGGAAUGUGGGAUAAAGUUGAUUUGGUGAGAGAGUUCAUGGAGCAGAGGGGAAUCAAGAAGGAAGCUGGAUGCAGUUGGAUACAGAUUAAGGAUAGAAUACACAGUUUUGUGGCAGGUGGGGGUUUCGAGUUUCGUAAUUCAGACGAGUAUACGAAAGUAUGGAAUGAAUUGACAGAAGCUAUGGAGAAAAGGGGAUAUAAACCUGACACAGGAGUAGUUCUUCAUGACAUAGACGAAGAAAUGAAGGCAAAGUGGGUGUGUGGGCAUAGUGAGAGACUUGCAACAGUAUUUGCACUUAUUCAUCGGGGCUCGGGAUUGCCAAUUCGAAUCACAAAAAAUCUUCGUGUUUGUGCAGAUUGUCAUACUUGGAUGAAGUUUGUAUCUGAAGUAACCAGGAGCAAAAUUAUCUUAAGAGACACGAACCGUUUCCACCAUUUUUAUGAAGGAACGUGUUCUUGCAACGAUUAUUGGUGAUGACAACAUUCUUUCUUAUCGGCUCUUACCAUAAGAUCUCAAUCUAGAACUAAUGAAUAAAUCAAAGGGAUCGUUGCCAUCCUAAAAGAAUUGUUGUUUUUUGUUCAUCUAAUGCAUGUAGCUCUGCUUGUUGAUCAAUUGAGUUCGAUGUCUUUGUAUGAAUUAAUAAUUUCUGAUCAUUCUGAUCUAUUUUUGAUCGAACGUGGGAUUCAAUCAAUUAUUGUUAGUAAAGAGCGACAUGCAUUGGUUUAAGAUCAGAUGCCUUGAGAAGAUCAUCCAUAUUAGACCAAACCAUUUUC